UUUGCCAACUUAUUGGUACUCAGUGAGUGCAUUUGCCUGUCUUCCAUUCCAUACGUCUCUAACUCUUUUGAGUUAGUGGACAAUCACUUACCCCUUUCCUCCUCUUUUUCUUGUCUCACUACUUUUGUUUCUCAUCAAGUGGAAAGUGCAGCUGUCCUUGCAAUUGCAUCAUAGUAUUAUUUAUGAAGCCAUUGUUGUUGUUGAAUCCAACUUUGCCUCUAGUCGAUUUGCUUCAACCAUGGCUUUCUCUUCUUGCUUCUCCCUUUCUCCAUUACCUUUCAAGAUUGAUCACUUGGGGCAGACUAUAACACCUUGUGGAAAGGGGCAAACGUUUCCUUUCCCUAUCAUCAAUAAUGGAUACCAAAGCAUUGUGAGAAAUAGAAGAAUCAACUUAAAGGGUGAUUGGAGUUUCAUAGGAGGAUCAAGAAUGGUUGUGAACCAACAAGUUGUGAGACUGGUUCCUUAUCGAAAAGCAAGUCGAGUAUAUGCUUCAUGGUUAUCAGGAGGACCGGAACUUGCUAGUAGCGUCUUUACACUGGCAACAACAGCAGUGCUUCCUUUUUACACACUUAUGAUUGUGGCUCCAAAUUCUGAGCUAACUAAAAAGUCAAUGGUAAGUGGUGUACCAUAUGUAGUGCUUGGCAUUCUAUAUGCAUAUCUGUUGUACCUUUCCUGGACCCCAGAGACAGUUGAACUGAUUUUUGCAAGUAAAUACUUGCUACCAGAGCUGACUAGUAUAGGAAAAAUGUUCUCCAGUGAGAUGACUUUAGCCUCUGCCUGGGUUCACCUGUUGGCUAUUGAUCUCUUUGCUGCAAGGCAGGUUUUUCUAGAUGGACUAGAGAAUCAGAUUGAGACUCGGCAUUCAGUUUCUCUUUGCUUGUUCUUUUGUCCUGUUGGGAUUCUUACUCAUGUCAUCACCAAAGCAAUUACUGAAACUACUAGGAAGAAACAAGCAUGAAUGAGAACCUUAAUACUUUUUUUUUAUCCAUCGGAAAACUGAGAACUCUAUUACUGAAAAUGAUUCACUACCAAAUGUAAUUGGAAUUUUUUUACUCAAUCAAAUAUCACAUUAUUAAUUUCUUCUA